CACCUUGCGCCUCACUCGGCGGGCGGCGGUAGCGCCCCCCUCGCAGAGCCCCGCUCGCUCCCGCCCGGGCUCCCUCGGAGUCGGUCUGUCGGGCCCACGCUCUCGCUUCGCUCCCUCCCCUCCCUCCUCCCUCUUGUUCUUCCCGGGGUGCCGGGCACAGCCUCGGAUUCCUCCCUCCCCGCAGCUCGAGUCCGUUUCCCUCGCGGCGGCGGCGGCGGGCGAGGCGGCGGCGGCGGCGGCGGCGGCGCAGGGAGCAUCUCAGCUGCCACUGCGCUUCUCCGGCGGGAACGUGUGUCCAGCUUGGCUGCCCUUCGGUCCUUCUCGGCCCCUUUGCGCCCCACGACCCCCGCCCCUGCUCGCUUCUCUCCGAAGCGGGCGGAGCACCCAGCAGCUUCCUGCCGCCCCUGCACCCUGAUCCGGCGGUCGGCGCUCUCCAGGACUCCUGCCCCGCCGACCCUGACCGCCAGGGGGUGCCCCAGGGGCGUAGCGUCGCGGAGAAGACUAGGCAAACGGGACCAUGCGGCGCCUGAAUCGCCGCUUGGCUCUGCCGAUCUUCGGGGUGCUCUGGAUCACCGUGCUGCUGUUCUUCUGGGUAACCAAGAAGAAGUUCGAGCUGCCGCCGGGACCUGAAGUGCAGACCCCCAAGAAUUUGGACACUGACUGGGAAGACCUGUGGGACCAGUUUGAUGAGCGGCGGUAUCUGAACGCCAAAAAGUGGCGCAUUGGUGACGAUCCCUAUAAGCUGUAUGCUUUCAACCAGCGGGAAAGCGAACGGAUCUCCAGCAAUCGGGCCGUCCCGGACACUCGCCAUUUGAGGUGCACCCUGCUGGUGUACUGUGCGGACCUGCCCCCGACCAGCAUCAUCAUCACCUUCCACAACGAGGCCCGCUCCACACUGCUUAGAACCAUCCGCAGCGUACUGAACCGCACUCCUAUGAAUCUGAUCCAGGAAAUCAUACUGGUGGAUGACUUCAGCAAUGACCCUGAUGACUGCAGUCAACUCAUCAAGUUGCCCAAGGUGAAAUGCAUCCGCAACACAGAGCGGCAAGGUCUGGUCCGGUCCCGGAUCCGGGGUGCCAGUGUUGCCCAGGGCACCACUCUGACCUUCCUUGACAGCCACUGUGAAGUGAACAGAGACUGGCUCCAGCCCCUGCUGCACAGAGUCAAAGAGGACUACACGCGGGUGGUGUGCCCCGUGAUUGACAUCAUCAGCUUGGACAACUUCAACUACAUCGAGUCCGCCGCGGAGCUCAGGGGUGGGUUUGACUGGAGCCUCCACUUCCAGUGGGAGCAGCUCUCCCCAGAGCAGAAGGCUCGGCGCCUGGACCCCACCGAGCCCAUCAGGACUCCGAUCAUCGCUGGAGGGCUCUUCGUGAUGGACAAAUCCUGGUUUGAAUACCUGGGGAAAUAUGAUACAGACAUGGACAUCUGGGGUGGAGAGAACUUCGAAAUCUCCUUCAGAGUGUGGAUGUGCGGGGGCAGCCUCGAGAUCGUCCCCUGCAGCCGGGUGGGCCACGUCUUCCGGAAGAAGCACCCGUAUGUUUUCCCAGAUGGAAAUGCCAACACAUAUAUAAAGAACACCAAGAGGACAGCUGAAGUGUGGAUGGAUGAAUACAAGCAGUACUAUUAUGCUGCCCGGCCAUUCGCCCUAGAGAGGCCCUUUGGAAACGUCGAGAGCAGAUUGGAGCUGAGGAAGAAUCUGCACUGCCAGAGCUUCAAGUGGUACCUGGAGAAUGUCUAUCCAGAGCUCAGAGUCCCCAACGAUUCCUCCAUCCAGAAGGGCACUAUCCGACAGAGGCAGAAGUGCCUAGAGUCUCAAAGGCAGAGGAACACCGAGAUCUACAACCUCAGGCUAAGCCCCUGUGUCAAGAUCAAAGGCGAGGAUGCAAAAUCCCAGAUAUGGGCCUUCACAUACACCCAGCAGAUCCUCCAGGAGGAGCUGUGCCUGUCCGUCGUCACCAUCUUCCCUGGAGCCCCGGUGGUUCUUGUCCUCUGCAAGAAUGGAGAUGACAGACAGCAGUGGACCAAGACUGGUUCCCGCAUCGAGCACAUAGCAUCCCACCUCUGCCUAGACACGGACAUGUUUGGUGAUGGCUCCGAGAAUGGCAGGGAAAUCGUUGUCAACCCAUGUGAGUCGUCACUUAUGAGCCAGCACUGGGACCUGGUGAGCUCUUGAGGACCCCGUGCCUGAGCCAGCGGGGCCGUGGGUGACGUUUGCCAGAUGAGAAGCAGACCAGAAAUCAGGCCACCGGCAGCUCCCAACUACUGUAGUAGAUGCCCUGCAUGGGGAGGUAGAGAAGAGCCCCUGGACAGGAGCAGGUGUCUCAGGGAGGAUGGAGGAAAGGAUUGUAAGCCACGUGGGGCUCAGAGACAGAUUUCACGUGCUCUCCGUGCUGCUGAGUUCCAGUCCUGGCCCAGUCUUCACCUCGCUGGAAUCUGGCGACCAAGAUGUAAUGGGAAGUGUUUAUGUUGUUCCCUUUCUUACAAAGGAAGCCAGAGAGAAAAGCCUUUUUUUGUCACUGGACCAGGACUAAAUUGAGAGAUGAAGAAUGGAGGUUGUUUUCAAAACAAAUAAAGGAACCUUAGAUGUUU